AUGAUAAAAAAAAGUUUAUCAAAAUUGGCAGGAUAUCCCAAAGCCUCAUUUCAUGAGCAAAAUAUAAAUCCAUUUUCUAAUGUACAAUGGAAAAGUUCUCCAUUUUUAAAAAAAAAUAUGCCCAAAGUAGAUAUUUUUGCAGAAGACCAUGUAUCAAAAACUGCAAUAAGUGUAUUUGAUAAAGAGAAAGGGAAUUGGUUUGUGAUUGAUGCAUAUAAUAAAAGUGUUGGAAGUUUAAGUGUAUGUAUAUCUAAACUAUUACAAGGAAAAUAUAGAGUUGAUUAUAAUUCGAAUAGAGUAAAUAGUAGUAGUGUUAUAGUAGUAAAUGCAAUUCAUCUUAAAUUUUAUGGACAUACUUGGGAUACAAAAAUUUAUAAAUUUCCAAGAAAAAGCAAUUCAAAAGGUCAUAAAAUAUUAACAUGUAAAACAGUUUUUGCACGAAAUCCAUCUAUGAUAUUAAAUUUAGCAGUUAAAAGAAUGCUACCAAAUAAUAGAUUAAGACAAAUAUACUAUCGCAAACUGUUUGUAUAUCCAGGUGCAUUGCAUCCACAUUGGGGUAUACCUCAAGUAAUUGUUCCUAAAAAAAAAAUCGAUAAAGAUUCAGACCAAACAAAUCUUAAAUCAUUUACUAUUGUUUAG